ACACCACCCCCGGCCAUGCGGCUGUCCUGCAAGGUGGCGGCGGCGCUGCUGGGGCUGGCCGGCCUGCUGCUGCUCCUCUACCUGCUGGCCGGCCGCCACGGCCCCCGCCCGCCGCCCUCCGCCCGCCCCGCCGCCCGCCGCCAGCCGCGCCUCGGCCGGAGCCCGCCGCGGAGGAGCGGGGCCGGGGGAGCCGGCGCCAGGAAGCCUGGAGAACAAAAACAUUCAAAAGAGCCUUCAUCUCUACAAUGUAUGCAUCUGGCAGUUGUGGCAUGUGGGGACCGGCUGGAAGAGACGCUAAUCAUGCUGAAAUCAGCAGUUCUCUUCAGCAACAGGAGGCUCUGUUUUCACAUUUUUUCUGAGGAUUCCCUUAAGCCAGAAUUCGAGAAGAAGUUACAGGAAUGGCCCUCCUCAUACACGAAGAAGUUUGAAUACAACAUUUAUCCAAUAACCUUCUCAGUAGGAAAUGCUCAGGAAUGGAAAAAGUUAUUCAAACCAUGUGCUGCCCAGCGCCUUUUUCUUCCGGUUAUUUUAAAGGAUGUGGAUUCUCUCCUUUAUGUGGACACUGAUGUUCUCUUCCUGAGGCCCAUCGAUGACAUCUGGCACAUCCUGAAAGAAUUUAACUCAACACAGCUAGCUGCUAUGGCCCCAGAACACGAAAUACCAAAGAUUGGCUGGUACAGUCGAUUUGCGCGUCACCCGUAUUACGGGACAACUGGAGUCAAUUCCGGAGUGAUGCUAAUGAAUUUAACGCGGAUACGCAACACUCAGUUCAAGAACAGCAUGAUACCAAGUGGUUUGACUUGGGAGGAAAUGCUGUAUCCACUAUACCAAAAGUACAAAAAUUACAUUACGUGGGGAGACCAGGAUCUACUAAAUAUUAUUUUUUACUUUAACCCAGAGUGUCUCUACGUGUUUCCGUGUCAGUGGAACUACCGGCCUGACCACUGUAUGUAUGGAAGUAACUGCAAAGGUGCAGAAGAAGAAGGUGUCUCUAUUUUGCAUGGAAAUAGAGGUGUCUACCAUGAUGACAAACAGCCUACAUUCAAGGCACUCUAUGAAGUGAUACGUGAUUUUCCAUUUGAAGACAAUCUCUUCCAGUCUUUGUACUAUCCUCUUCAGUCUAAGUUUCUGGACACAGUGCACACUUUAUGUGGGAGAAUUCCACAAGUAUUUUUGAAGCAAAUUGAGAAAACUAUGAAGAAGGUGUAUGAAAAUCGUGUCAUUGUCUACCUGGGGGCCAACCACAGAUACUAAACGUAGCUGUGUUUUUUACUUGGAGUUUUUCAUUCUUGCACUCAGACAUCAUGAAGCAUUUAAAUGAAGAAUAUGACCUCUUUUACUCAAAAAAAAAUAUAUAUUAUUUUCCAUAUCCAAUUUCUUAAUAACUCUCAAACUACAAAAACAGAAGAAAUCCACCUCCACAGAGAUCCACCUAAACUGUCCUUUUUUAGGCAUUCUGUUGUCUUCCUACAUUGCUCUUGGUUGCCACACAGAGAGUUGAUGAUUCUCACUUUUGUUCAAUGAGUUUGGUUAUUUGUUUAAGAACAGCUGUAUUCACUGUACUUUUUUUUUUUUUUUUAAGUUGUGCAGAAGUUUGUACUGAACUUAAGCUCCACAAAGAAGUGACGAUUUGAGCUAUUUAAUAUGUAUGGGAUAUAACUCUUGAAAUGUUAAGGCAAAUAUUCUUGGCUGUCAUGAAAAUGCUAAAUUACAGCAAAGGUCACUCUUGUCACAUGAUGAGUUAAAAUUUACUGUAGUAUAGGGAAAGCAUUUGCUUAAAAUUGAAGUUCUGUCUGAAGGUAUAUUACUUGCUGUUCUUCACACGUAGGACCUGAGAUUUCUCUCACAAAGAUUAGGGGAAUAGAAGUGUCCACUUUAUUUUACAGCACUUCUUGUCUAGUGAUUGUCAAUUUUACCCUUUGCUAUUCAGUAGUUUUAUGAGGGCUUCUCACAAAGGAAAUAGAUGGAAAAUAAUUACAGCAUAAACAGCAAAGCAGCAUGCAAGUAAUGGGAAGGUGAUGCUGUGGAAGCUGUGGCACCUGCACAGGUAAUGCACAACAGAAAGAGAAUCCUUUCUUGCAUGGAGUACAGACCUGGUCUUCCCCUCCACUCUCCUACAGAUUUAAGAAUGUAUUCCCUAACUCGGUAAUGCUCAUUGCUUUAGAUGCAGUACAAGAAUAUUGUGAAUGAAGAGUCCAAAAUCAGGUAUUAUUGAUCUGUUUUUAAUUAAUUAAUCCUCUUUAAUUAAUCCUCUUUAAUUGCUAUUUACUGCGCAGAAACGAUGGUAUGCCACGGAGAACCUUUGUUCUGUACCUAGGUUGGGAGACAGAAUGCUGGCUGUGACCUCUGCUUUCGGCAUUGCCAGAAGCCCGGGCCAUAGAAAGGUGACUGCCUGGCACUUUCCCUCCUGGACGUACGGUUCUAUGCUAGGAUCAUAAUGGGUAGCUUCAAAGUGAAAAGGGGAUACAAGAAGGCUUUGAUGUCUAUUUGAAGUACUUCAUUUAGUUUAGAUGUCAGAAGUAUGAUGACCAUCGUACGAUAUGCACAAACAAGAACUUAUUAAAACUUGCAAUGGCCGAGAGGUGAUAGGGACAAGCUACUGGGGAACAGAAAAUAAGGACACUCCUCAGGAGCAGUGAUUCAGGAGCAGACUUUCAGAGAGCAUCUUUUAAGUGUAAGCAAGCCCUAAUGGGUGCGUGUAGGUGGGAGCAUGUAGAAAAGAGCAGAAAAUGAUCUUACUUUCCAAGUCUGUUUAGCAAAAGAAAUUCACCCUUGAAAUUACUGCAUUUUAUGUCUCGCAGGCCAAGUAGGAGAGGGGUGAGGAAGGUGAGAUGCGUGAAGCUUUCUUCUAACGAAAAGAAAACGGAUACAGUUUGCAUAUCCUGUAUACGUAACACGCGUUUAUUAGAGAUAAAUAUCUGUUGCGUGUGGAAGAGGGGUAGGAUGUGUUUCUGAAGUUAAAAAGUAGGAUUUCUGAAGAACUGUACUUCUGGAGGUUGCUGCCCUAUCCAGACAGGACAGAUGCACAGCUUCAUAAAAACCAGCCUCCAGCAGAAGGUACUCGUAGCGCGCACAUACCUCUCCUUGUGUGGCAGCUCACAAGAGGAGAGAAAACACAGACCUUGCUGGCAUCUCAGGCUGCCAGAUAGGCUGCACGCGGGAUUAAGUGCUGACAAACUUUUUCCGAAUGCACGGGGUGUGAAAGUGGCUGUGACACAUCCCUGAGCGUGAUGUGUGAGUGACACGGCGUGGCAAACUGCAUCGCUACCCAAUCGUCUGAGCAGAGGGGGUGUUAAAGCAGGGGGUGUGCAGUCUUGGUCCUGGCAAUUUCGCUGCAGGCCUGUGCUAGCCCUAAGUGAGCCUGACACGCAGACGUGUCUGCUGUUCGCGCUUCUGUGCUGCAAAUUCUAGUCCACAAUUUGUGCAUGUUUUGUGACUCAGAGACAUCUUACAGUCUUUGCCACAUAAGUGUAAAUUGACUUGUAAAGGACAGAGGCCCUUCUGCAUCUGCUCUGAUGGAAAGCUCAGAAUUUCCUAAUGGGAACCAGAGAGACAUUGAAGCUUCAGUUUAGAUGUUGCUCUCUCACACAACUCGCCUCAGUAUUUUCUAUUUCAACUGAAAUUCUAGUUGCCGCUUAAAAAACACUACAUUUCUAGAUAGAGCAAAGCUUGAAAACAUAAUGCAAAUGGACCUUUAAGGCUUCAAAACCAGAAGGCAAUGAAAGGAAAACUCAGCAUGCUGUUUUAAAAAGUUUAAAUUAAUGUAAGGCUAACAUAAGCAAACCUUUUAGGCUAGCAAUACUGAGAACUUGUAGAAAUCUUAGCUUGCUUUUUGAUCUUUAUUUUUGAGUAUCAGGGUAAAGCUGCCUGUAGGUCAAAUGAGGAUAGAUGAGACGCAUGCUGGGCUCUUUGAAUUCCUCACUUCCAUGGUAUCUAGAAGCCACAGAAAGUUGCAGAGCAAAAGUCUUGUUGCCCAGACAGUUGCAAUACCGAUGGUAAGUCUCUGAAGUUUAGGAGGCUGUGAUUGUGUAAGCCAUGAUUCAGCAAAACCCUGCGUUAAAAUGAAGGAAUGGAAUUAAUCACAAAACAAAGGCAUAAUUACAUAUAAAAUGAUUAGACUUUAAAACUGCUUUUUAUGUUUACAGGAGGUGCUACAUUAUUUUUAGAAAGAACUGCGUUAUGUUCGCAACAGCUAUUAAAAUGUAUGAAGUAUAUGCUUUAACAUGGAGACGUCUGUUCAUACAGUAUCAGCUUGCAGGAAGAAUGGGGGAGUUCCACCCCGCUGAGCUUUUUCUGAGGGGGAAAAAAAAGCUAUAAUUUGAACUCUCCAAAGUGUAUUAAAACAAUUAUGUAACUUUGAUUCUGCUGUUGUUAGAAUUAUUAAUUUAUAUUCUAUUACAGCUUUCAAAACCAUAUUGUAUUUUGGUUUUAACAGUAGUUGGUUCUAGUAUUAAUCUUAUUUAGAAACCAUUUUCAUUCAUUUCGUAUUUCGUACUUGUGGCUAAUUCAUGUAAAUUAGCCUUCAUUUAUUUUAAUAAUGGGAUAUGUAAAUACUUACAUAGACCUUGUAUCCUCUUUUCUGCUUCCUCUCAUAUUUUAGUUAUUUCCAGCGGUAUAAUGUAACCAAAACACCUUUGUUAAUGUAACACAUUUAUUGGUGUGUCAUAACAUAGAAGGGAAAACCAAAAUAGUUUUCUGUAAAGGAGCAGACACUCCAGCACGCUGAAUGUGUUGAUAACAAAGAAUCACCUUUAACGUGGAGAAAGAAGCAACAGGGUGCAGCCCGCAGAGCCGUGCCCUGGUUAGGUGAAGGUAAGCCCGGACCCAGCGACCGUUUGAUACUCUGAAUUCUGCCUGUAGUCAGUAGGCUUAUAUGCAGUGCAUAAAGUUCAGUGUGUAACCAAGUCCUUGCUGUAUCAGCGUCAAAUAUUCAGGUUUUAAAUUUGCUAUAUUAUACUUGAACUUGCUGAAGAUAGAUAAAUAGGGGCUUUAUAUUAAGAGCUGCUGAGCACCUCCUUUUUGCCCAAAGCCAUUUAAGAAAGUGUCAGGUUACAAAUGCACGUUGUAGAACAAAGAACUGCCAGAGUGGGAAGCACUUGGUUGCAUCAUUUAUAUAACGUGAGAGCUUUUCUAGGUUAUUUGCCUGCAUAUUACAAAGGAGGCUUAGAUAGCUUUGUUAUCAUUUCUUUUUUCUUACAAGAGGAAACUGGAAACUGCUGUGUGUGUGUGCAUACCUCCACAGCAGGAGUGUAUGUGUACAGAGCUGUGUACCUUUUCUGUAUCAGCGGGUUCUUGUGUAUUUUUAUUUGACAAGUGCACCAAUUGUUUAUAGCUCCCAAGGAGGCAUAGCAGUGCAUUUCUGUGUUGAUUAAGAUCCUCUGGCUUACAGUACAAAUAAAUGAAAUUUUAAGCAA